CAAAGAAAUUAUAUUUGUUUACAAUAUUCAAUUUUUCAUUCCUUUUUAAGUUAAAAAAAAUGGAGAACCAAAAGAAACGCCAAGCUGCUUACAUGAAGAGAAGCCUCUUGGAUCAGGGAUACCUUGAUGAACAAUUUAUUCAUCUUGAAGAAUUGCAAGAUGAUGCAAACCCUAACUUUGUUGAAGAAGUUGUCAAGUUGUAUUACACAGAUUCAGCUAGAUAUGUUCGAAAUAUUGAACUUGCAUUGGAAAAUGGACCCUAUGAUUUUGCUAGACUGGAUAAUAUGAUGUACCAAUUCAAGGGUAGCAGUUCAAGCAUUGGUGCCAGAAGAGUAAAAAGACACUGUUCUCAGUUUCAGGAAUACUGUAAUGCAAAAAAUAUAGAGGGGUGCAGAAACACUUUCCAAGAAGUGAAGCAAGAGUAUGAUACUCUAAAGACUAAGCUUGAGACUUACUUUCAGAUGGAAAGAUAGUUUCACUGAUGUUGAAAGCAAGCAUCAGAUUCGAAGUGAACAAGCCCAUCAUCAUGACCUUCCUUCAAGUAGCUGAUAUACAUGUAUCCAAUAAAGGAUAAUUGGAUAUUGUAGCAUAUAUACAAUAUUCUUAUCUAGAAAUAAUAAUAACUAUAUGGCAUUGAAAAAAUGUAUUUGCCAUUCUGUUGUUUAAAACCUGUCAAAGUUUAUUAAUGCAAAGUUCAUGUUUCCAAUAGAACAGCUCUUUUUGUCUUCUAUUUCCAGAAAAAUAAAUAAAAAUUGACACCCAACGGCCUCCAUGACAGUGUCGUAAAUACUUGUCCAUCCACGUUCAGUGUUUACAUCAAAUCAAACAAUUAAACCUUAGCAAUUGAAAACUAAAGAAUAAAUGUCACUUAACCAAGGUCGUGAUAAUUGUUUGUAUGAAAAACACAUGUUUGCAUCAAUUGAGUUGGUGUAAACAUUGUUUCUCUUAGUUAAACCUAUGAAAAUGGCAAUUUAAAUCAAUUUCAAUUUUCAUAUUUACAACAAU